AUGGAUGGAGCAGCUGGUAAUCCAGGUAAUGGUGGAUUUGAUCCAUGUGAAUGCAUUAAUAUGCUUCAAAUGCAUCAUGAACGUGCUAUGAAUCGUUUAACUGAUAUGCUUCGUAAUGCACAAACAACAUGUACGGAUACAGAAUGUUUUACUGGUCCAUUACCAGGUCUACCAAAUAAUGGUGGUGGUGGUGGUGGUAAUACAGGAAUGACAAAUGUAUAUUUGAUGUUAGCUAUAUGGUUUGCAAUUGCUCUAUUGCUUUUUCUCUUUCGACCACGUGCUCUUCGAAAUAAUCGUAAUAAUCUUGGCAAACCAAGUAAUCAAGGCCCACCUCCUAAUGGCCAAGAUCCACCAGGACCAGAAGUACAAUAG